AUGCACAUCCAUACAAAUGCACAGCAUCAAGUGAACAUACUGCAUAUUCCUAGGCCCUGUGUGUCAGGGCCAGGAAGUGGGGGCUGGGAACUCUUCUGGUCCCUCCUAUGGCAGUUGCCAGGAGGGGGCGAUGUGGUCCAUCCGUUUUCUGGAUACCUGGCCAGUGGCAGACAGGCCUGUUCCGUCAGCAAGCCUUCCAACAGCUGGUUCCCAGUGGAAGGCCUGGCUGACAUCUGCCAGUGCUGUAGCAAGGGUGACUGUGGCACUCCAAGCCAUGUCUGGAGGCAGCCCCACGUCGUGAGCCUGGGGUCCAGUUCAUCCACCCGUAACUGCAGGCAUGUGACAGAAGAAGUGGACAUCACUGUGGGGCCGCUGAUCUUCCUGGACACGACUGGUGACCACGAAAUGGAGCAGUGGGCCUUGCCGGCUGACAUCUCCUUGCUGCUGCUGGGCACAGGCCUGGCUGUGGUGGCGUUCCUGACUCUGACCGCUGUUAUCCUGGUUCUUACCAGGAGGUGUCGCACUGCCUCCCACCACCCUGUGUCUGCUCCCAAUAAAAGAAGAAAGCAAUUAAAAAAAAAAAAAAAAAAAAAAUGGAUGGACAGGAUGGACAGCCCAGGAUGGACAGCCGGGAAUUUCUGUCUUUACCUUGUUGCUGAUGCUGUUGGUCUGGGAAUGUUUGCUAGCCCUGCAGAGCCCUUCAGUCACUCACUUGCUGCAGACGGGGGGCAGAAACCACUGGAGCCACGUGAACGGGGACACGUUCCUAUGAAGAGUCGUUACACAGGCGAAGGCACUCGCCCCUAA